AUGCCUAAAAAGAAAAGUGGUGUCGGUUGUUUCGGUUCUCGCUCAAAUCACCCCGAAAUUCGCUAUGGAAUCGAUCAUUCUCGAGGAAUGCAGAUGCUUCACGACUUCUCGCAACCGAUGCCUGAAGAAAGCGAACUUAAUGCUAAGUUCGCGGAGAUCGUGGUAAGUAAAGGAUAAACGAACUUUUAGGUUUAGUUUAGGCGACUGAAGAUCAACAGUUAUCGAGUUGCUAGCACUUUAAAGUUCAAUACGUAACUUGCUCUUCUUUGACAUUAGAACGGAGGCGGUGUCAGACCGAAAUCAAUUUGUUGUUUAUAAUUCAAACACGUGCCCAUCUUUGAAGAAAAAGCCUUAAUUUCUCUCCUGUAUGGAAAAAGACUCUUUGCUUUCGGGAAAAAUAACUUGAAGGAGAUUUGAUUUAUACUCAAAGGAUUCUAAAGAAAUAUCCCCAAUGGGCUUUUGUACUUCAGUGAGCUUAAGUUAAUUACAAUUCUGAAAUUCCUGUCUUUCAUUUUGGUCUAAUACCUCUCCAAUUGAUGGUCUUGCACAGUCUACAGCUUGUAAGCGAUGUACAAGAUGAAUUUUUGCCAUUGAGACAUUACUUUUUGUCGACGUCUGGUUUGGCAAACUUGUAUCAUAAAAUCUGGAAGUCAAAUUUAUUUAACUUUCAAUUCUGGUUUAUUGAUCAAUUUAUGCCUAGACUUCAGUUCGUUUUAUUCCAUUUCCGACUGUUUUACGACUCAGACAUGUCAAUAAAGUUGCAUUUCCAGUCAUCAAUGGUCGGACGAUUAAAUCUCAAGCAUUGUUGUCGGAAUAGGUUUAUCGAUCGCCAAAGUUGUCAAUGAUCGAAUAGUGUCGCGAUCCUUUGGUGAUAAAAUAAAUAUUUUGUACAUUCAGUAACUUGAAAUAAAGUGUUUUACUUCCUUAGAUCUUAAGGAGAAUGUAUUUUUCAGCGAUUCUCUAGCUUAAGCAGGACAACUGAGAUGGUCAUAGUUUCGAUGAUGUCUCAGUUUUAAUUAACCAACCAGAAUUUACGAGGUACAUUGCGUUAAAUGCUGCUAUAGUAAGAAAUCGGACAAGCUUAAGUUAACAGCUUAUUUCAUCGGUAAAUUUAAAACGAAAUACAAAAAUCCUUUGCCUGUAUACAAUAUUGGACGCUAUGAUGCUUGAGUUUACAAAUAAUUCUACGCAGCGAUAGUACAGACGUCAAGAAUUAUUAUCAAUAUUUGUGUGUUUGUUGUGUUCUUUCAGGAGGAACUUGACCUCACCGCCGUACAUAAGAAGGCAAUGUUUGAAUUGCCACCUGAAAAAAAAUGGCAGCUUUAUUUAUCUAAGAAGAAGGUAAGCAACGCUGAACUGGAAGAGAAUACAUUAAAUCAAAGUUUUUUGAAACCUGUUGAUAUUAUGCACAGCAUAUUGUGCGAACUCAUGUUUAUACUAUAUUAAUUCUACCAAUGUUAAAAGAGUAAUGGCUGUCAUGUAUGGUGGAGUUCCUGCGGAAAAUUGCAAAUUAUGCUCUAUUAAUUACAUAUACCUAUACUAAAAUAAUUUUUCCAUUUGAAACUUAUUUUUUUUGAUCCGGAAGAAAUUUUUCAGAUAUAUCUGUUUAUAAAUCAGGUCCUAAGGGAAUAUGGAUUGAAGCUGUAUCUAGAAUCUUUAUUAUGCUUGAAGUUGUCUUAUUUGCAUUUUGAAAGUAUAUAUAAUGAUAAAUUAUUUCUUAUUGUCUGGCUUGCAGCUGUUUUUUGUUUUAAGUCAACCGAGCAUCACUUGUUGAUUUGUGGAAAUCCACUCUCUAUUGCAAAUGUGUUUAUAAAAAUUCUAUUAAUUCUUUAAAUCUGUUACUUAAUACUUGUUUAAAAACACUAUUGUUAUCUAACUGGAAUCCUCUGAGAAUUUAUAUUAUAUAAAUUAACAUGCUUUGUUUUUAUUUUGUGGUUGGACAAAGCUAUUGUCCUAGGCAGACUUUUCAUUGCCACUCCUUUUUUGAAAACUCAUGACUGUCACAUUGUUGCAAAAUAUAUGAUAUAAAUAAAUAAAUAAAUAAAUAAUUAAAUAUAUAAAUAAAUACUCAAUAGUCUAGAUUAACCUGUGAAGUCAUCAGAACUGUUGCUUAAGUUUUUUUUUGUGUGUAUAGUAUCUUCUUUCAAUCAGUUGUUAAAUUGAAAAUCCAUUUCUGAAUUAUAGGUUAUAGUUCCUUGAAUUUAGUAGCCUUUUUAGUCGAGCUUGCUUUAGCAGAGCGAGACUCUAAAAAUGCAGUCGUUUCUUUUUUUGUCGGUGGGACCUAGUUUGUAGGCCACGCGUUCCUAACAAAGACCGCGGAUACUGGAACUGGGGAUAAGAAUUGUGGUGACUAUCACUGUAUGCAAAUGAGUCUUGUGAUGAGCAUGCAGUAUAUUUUCGGCGAUGACUGAAAUGACGCAUGUAAGUUUGGCAAUGAAUAGAGGCCCUUGAUUUUCAUGUAGUUAUGCAUGACAUGUAGGCAUAUUAGAAAGGAAAUAUCCCCAAGUAGGAUAAGAAAAUAUUAUAGUGGGGAAAUCCUAUUUUGUGCUGUUUUAAGGCAUUACGUUUCUCAGAAUAUUGUCACGAUUACUAGAAAUCUACGGUUAAAUAGAUUCAGUUUGAUUGUGUAUUUAAUUGAUACAUUUUUGCAGUUGUUGGUGACUUGUUAAGAUGUGAAGUCAUGUUGCACUUUGUAAAUACUUGAGAUAUCAAGUAUCCACUGUCACAUAAUUUUUAUGUGCCUACGUGCGUAAAAUUUUACGUUCUCAAAUGAAAUAGAGGCAAUGUAUGAAAGGUCACACGUACAAUUAUGUAAGUGUAAAGGUAGAAACUUACUUGCUCAACUUGACGUUUAAUCUCAACGCUUUAUAUCUUACCUCUAUAUUAUUUACGUGAUUAAAAUUUACGAGCGUUAACGUGCGGAGCCAAAAACGCAUCAGUGGAAAUCCACCCUAACGUUAUGUAAGUGUCAUGGAUGUGUUUAUACAGGUAGCUUUGAACUUGACUAUCCGCGCACUCUACUUGCAGCACUUCAUGUCCAUAGAAUAGAAAUCCCAUAUCAAGCUUUUCUGGAACAGUUUGGUCCAAGAAUUCUAUCGCUUGAAAGUGUUGAUUAUUUUGGAACAACCGAUCACUUCAGUGGUCAAAAAAAAAAGAAUAAUCUUAAUGAGCAAAACUUCAAGGUUUACUGGAAAAUCAGGAUCGAGGAUCCAGGAUCGAGGAAUCAGGGAUCGAGGAUCGGUUAAAAAGAACUUGAAAAUAAAAUGAAUGAAUAAAUCGUGGACCAGUGGUGAUGUGGGUCUCAGACUGUAGAUAAAUUUCACAGAACAUAACCCCGUUCGCUGUACUGAACACUAAAUACAAGAAAACUAAUCCGAGUCUGUCCGAGUCAGUGAUUGUUUUGACGAGAAAGUGAAAUUUUCAAACGAAAAAGUAAGCGCCUUUGACAACAAAAGUUAUCUCCAAGCAAGCGAGACUCAACGCUAUUAAGAGCGUUCUUGUUGUUUUAUUUAUUUGGCAACAGUUUUUGGAUAAUUUGUUUGUAAUCUUUAGCAAACCUCCUGUACUUAACCCAGAGACACUUUAAAUGCCUUAACCUAUUAAGCCCCAAUAUCCACAUACAAAUUCUCCAAACUGAUCUCCAUACAUUUUCUUUAUGAAUUAGUUGAGAGAAUUUAAUAUCAGAUCAAGGCAUUUCUCUUUGGUGAUCAUUUUGUUAAUUCUCAUGACCUUAUCUCUUGACUAUGUAUGGAUAUUGUUAGGAGAAAAAUUGAUGUUGGUCACUAUUGGGACUUAAAGGGACCACACACCACUAACAUCAGUGUUCUUGUUGUGUCUGCACUUCAUUAGGCAUCGGAGAUUGGAGAAUUCUCCUUCUACUACACAGUAUUCUCUGACUAACAUGCAAUAGCCUAUGACUGUUUUCUAUUCAGACAUGGAGCCUCUUUCACGAUAUUCUCCUGUAAAGUUACACCUUUCUCGUGCUACUAGAACUCUCAGUGAAAAUGCUGUGGAACCCAAAAUUACUGUGGCCCUUUUAACGGGGUGGCUGUAUUAUUGUGUAGGGUCUUUUAAUGGUUGCUUAGCCUUUCAUAGACAACUAAUUGACAGAUAUAUCACAAUGCAGGGUUGUUAGAAAGUUUUGAAGUAGAUGGCUGAGUUGUCAAAGUAAGCAGCCAGUCCAUUGAUAUUUUAUUUAAAAAACGCCAUCCAAAAAGAAAUGCUAAGUAGAGUAGCUGGCUGAUACUAACCAAGUAGGCAGUGAUUCUCGCCGGCAGCCAGCUACUUUUGACAACCCUGACAAUGCCCUAAGACUUCAAGGUUGUCAUUACGAAUGACAUCCCAUUCCCCAGACACUUUCAGUUCAUAAAGCAUGUUUUUUUUUGUUUUUCGUUUUUAUUUCUAGUUUGUCACUUGGAUGUUUUCUCCAUAAGUAACUGUUGUUUUGUUUGAGAGGCUACAUCAGUGUUAAGAAUCUUAUAAUGAAAUAUUUCACAGUGUAUAAUUCCAGAAAAAAUAAUGAUUUAUGUAUACCUCCGCAAUGGAAGAGAUUUUUUUUCUAUGAAACCCACCCCUGUGGAGGUUUCAUUUAAGCUCCAUUUUUUAAACUUUUACAUGCAAGUCUUUGAGAUCCCUGCACGCCCCCCCAGAAAUUUCCAAUCCUUUAUGUAAGGGGAGUAUGGAGAUGUUCAGAGACUACCCAGUGUGACCAUUGACUGCUUAAAUGACCUUCCAUUUACAGGGUUUUGACAAAAAAUGCAUGUGCAUUUUGCUGGGAGCAACUAAUUGCCCAAAUUUCCUUGGGUGUAACAAUGUUUGUGGAGGGAUGACUUUGAUGCACAACUUGCGCAGGACAAAGAAAUCUUCCUAAGCAUGCCUAGAUGCAUAACAGCCAUUCUGUUAAAUAGGCCAGUGAAACAGGCCAAACAUUUGACAUUUGGCUGGAAAAUUGAAUUGAUGAUCUAGACAUCCCUGCUCAGGUUUUUUUGCAUUCGUCGAGGUUUGACCAAUGAAUGCUGUCUUUAGGGGCUGGCUUGUAAUAGAAAUAUAGCAAGGAGAAAAAAAUGCGUUGGGAUGAAGGACAAAAACAGAUAAAAGUCAACUUUGCUUUUUAAAUUUUUGCCUUGGAAUUUUGCUUUGGGCCCUAAACCAUUAACAACUACAGUCACACCUGUUUUAAACAGACACCCAAGAGUGUCACAAGAUUGCUCAUUUAGGACAGGUGUCCAAUAAUAAUUAAGGCAUGUAAAAAAAGAGUGUAUAUAAUUAUGUUUCUUUGACCUUGACUAAGGUUUGUUUAUUGGAGGGGUCCAUUGACAGGUGUUUGACUGAUUUAUUGUUUUGUUAAAGCGCAGCAGCAUUAGCUCAGUCAGUAGAGCACUUGACUGCAAAGCAGGAGGUCGUGGGUUUUAUUCCUGGGGCCGGAUCAAUACUCAGGGUCUCAAAAUUUAUAACUGAGAAGUGAAGGUACUCCCUUUGCACUGCAAGCGGCUAGACCUUCGUGUGGCUCGGAUGACCACGUAAAAUGGAGGUCCCAUCUCCAGUUGGAGAUGUAAAAAUAGUAUCCCCAAUAUAUUAGUACUUUUGUGCUAAAUACAUUGAGAAGUAGCACCACAAUAGAAAAUCGCAGAUCAAACAGAGCUUCCUUACGAUCUAUAGAGUGUUCACUUACUAGAGAUUAUUGGACUUGGAUCAUUAGAUGGGCUUGUGGAUGGUUUUCAUUCCUUGUUUAUUUUAUUCAUUUGAUUCAGUUGCUCAUCUUCAUGUCUUCUUAUUUCAGGAGCAAGAGGAGUUAACCUCAACAAGUUACCCGGAAUACUACAUUGAUCAAAUGAAAAGCCUCCAUUCGGUAAGUGUUUAUUUCAUGGCCAUUAAGUUCCAGAAUUGUAAUGGAGGUAUUUUGAAUGUGAAGAUGGGUGAUGCACAGGAAUGCAUGUGAACUGUGUGUUGUCUAGUCCCUUGUAAACAAGUUUUAAACCCUUUUGGCCAGCAAUGAAAAUGGUGCUAUAGAAAUUACUGUUAUUAUUAAUAUUAUUAUCAUUUUAUUGUUAUUUUUUUAUCAAACAGCAUUUGUGAAAAGAAUGUAUGUGUUCUUGUGCUAGACAGGCUUUUAGCCAGAGACUGAAAUUUGGACAUCAAGUGAGAUUUUUUUGCCAUAAAAUUAUCAGAGAUUACUUGGUGUGUUUUCUUUGAAUUUCUUCUGAAAUUGUAGUCUACAGUCUCAAGCCAUGAUGGUAUUGAUUGCUUACCAAAAGUUGUUUUUUUAUUGUUGCUGAUACUUCAUUCUUGAUGAAGAUGGUGAUUGUGAGAACACAUAAAAUUGUAUUUAUUACUGCUAUUUCUUUUUAUUUAUAUCUUUGUAACAGGUUUUUGUUGCUAAGAAAGAGGAUGAAAAUAGAGAAAUAGAGUCCAGAACAAAACUAGUUGAUGGACUUAAAACUGCACUUAGAACGCAGCCUUUGAGGUAGCAAAGUGGCAAAAAAGUCAAUUCUGCAUUACGAAUGUACCCCCCCCCACAGCUCCACCCAUUCCCAUCCCUAAAACUUAAAUAUGUAUAGACUUAGUCAUAAGGCCAAAAGCGAAGGUCUCAUGGGAUCUUUAAUGAAACUUCUUUCAGAAAAAAUUCAACUUUUACCAUAAACAAGGAGCAAACUGAAUUCUUCCUGAAAAAAUAAUCUGGUCAGUGGAGAAUAUUAAAAAACAAACACGUCACCUCGCUGAGUUGUACACCUGAAGCCAUGAUACAGUCAUGCGACACUGGUCAGGGGAUACCCCAUUUUGACUUUGACAGCUGUCAAUUGACCUUAACAUGGAUGUCCAAUAUCAAGUUAAACACUGAUUAUUUGCGCUUUGGACUCAUAGCAAGUGUGACAUUUCACAUCCCCUAGCAUGAACAGGCAGACAUAUGGACAGAUGGUCUGAUGGACCCAUGAGUGUAUGUCAAACCAAACUAUCUUGCAUAGAUAACCAAAUUUUAUUACCCAUGGUGCUCGGCUACAAUGAUUAACUUUGAACUUUUAAUUAGUAUAUUAAUAUUGUUGCUAAAUCAUGUGAUUUCUGUUGGUUAUUGACUAGACUUGUUGUUAUGUGUUUUGUUUUGCAGAUUUGUGCAUAGGUUUAUAGAAUUAGAAGGUUUAAAUUGUUUAUUAGAUUUCCUAGAAAAAAUGGACUUUGAAACAAGGUGGGCUGUUAUAUAUAAAAUCUAAUUGCACUGUACUUAGAAGAAAGAAUACGUAAUAAAAAUAAAUUGAUAAAAUUAAAGUACAUGUGUACCAUGUCUUAAUUUUUGCAUUUUAAAGAACUAAAAGAUAAGAAAAAAUCGGUUUCAUUUUAAGUGUGACGCCGUUAUCCUACAAAAUUUCGAAAUUACUUAUCGAGCCAUUCUCAAAGGAAAUGAGUAUGUUAUUUAACUUGUAUCCAAUUUACAAGUCAAAAUUAAAUUCCGGUUGCCAAUUUUAUACUAAGGUUGAUUUUCAGUUUCCCUUGUUUUCUAAUGGUUGGUGGGGAAGGGAAGGGAGGGGGGGAGGUACUCUGGAGUAAAAAAAGGAUGGAAGGUCCAAAUAAGGCCAAAGUGUUCAACCCAGAAGGAAAGAGAGGUUUAGAAUAUAACCUCCCAUAAGUCCUGUUUUCCUUUGAGCACAUACUGAAUGAUGAUAACCCAAGAUUUUACUUUUCACCUGAAGUAGUCAACACAAAAUUUCUAGCCAAAGGGCAGUCUUUUGAACACAAAUUUUAUGUUUAAACACAUGGUAUAUUAAUUUUGAUGUAGUCAAUAAAGUUUAUUUAUUGUUUAUGAAUUUAUUUUUUGUAGCAUGGAAGAGCUCAUGUACUGGCUCAUCCUUCCUGUAUCAAUAUCAUUGCUCAGAGUAUGAGCACAGAAAAUAUCAAAACUAAAAUACAAGGUAGGUCUAUUAACCCUUGAAGUCCUGAUGGUGACCAACAUCAAUUUUCUCCUAACCAUAUCCACAGAUUGUUCAGAGAUUAGGUUAUAAGAAUUAAUAAAUUGAUCACCUAUUAAAAGAGAAAAUGCUUUGAUCUUUUAUCAAAUUCUCUCAACACAUUCUUUAGGGAAAUGUAUAGAAAUUAGUUUGGAGAAUUUGUAUGUGGAUGUUGGGGCUUAAAAGGUUAAACCUUUGUUCAGAACAUGGUAGAUUUUUCUUCUGCGAUUUACAGUUUUCUUUUAUCGUGGCUUUUUAGACACUAGCUGUGGAGUUAAGGCUUGUUCCCGAUUUUAACUUGUUACCUAGCAAGGUUAGGUCCCGUUGUGGACUAGAGUGUUGGCAGGGGGCUUGUUGCGUGUGUGACAUGGAGGUAGUUAAGGCAACCACAUUAGUGGUAAUCACCCCAGCUUGCUUCCUGUCAUUAUCUUACUCAUCUGGUUUACAUAUUGUAUGAACGGAAUUAGUAUGAAACAUGUCUGUCCAAAACAGCAUAACUUUUGACAUUUGGUCCAGUAAAACUCUUUUAUCAUUUAAUUGUCAGAUAAAAGCAGUCAGGUCUGUUGUAAGAUUUUAAGCAAGUGGCUUCAGAGUAGAUUGUUCUGUACACCCAGGCUCAUUAUUUUCCUGUUUGUGAUUACAGUUCUAGAAAUCUUAGGAGCUGUCUGCCUUGUUCCUGGAGGUCACAAGAAGGCGUUAGAUGCCAUGACUCACUUUCAGAAGUUUAAUGAGGAAAGAACAAGAUUUCAGGUUGGUAGAAAACAAUUUUUCAUGGAAAGAGGAUAUGAUAUAAAUGUAAAAAUUCCACCAUUUGAAAUUCAUAUAUUUGUGCUGUAGCAAGAGAGAUGUUUGUAGAGAUGUCAAAUGAGAGACUUGUUUGACUUAAUGUCCUGUUAAAAUGUCUUUAAAGAAUUAUUCAACAUUGCAUCAAAUUGAGUUUAAGUUUGUUCCCUACCAAGUAUGAAAUGAAAUUCGCAUUUUAUUCUUUAUAUUCAAAUAAGGUUCACUUGGAAGAUUAUGUUAGCUAAAGUGUCAAAUGCCAAACAGCCAUAAAUUAUUGCAAUAUCAAAAAUAUUUUUUGUUUUUAGACACUGAUAAAUGAUUUAGAUCGUACCACUGGACACCACAGAGAUGAAUUUAACUUGAAAAUUGCCAUCAUGUCAUUCAUCAAUGCAGCACUCAAGUAUGGAGCAGGCGCUGUAAGUUAACACACAAUAUCUGCAACAAUAAUCCCUUGAACUGAUCAACAUCUCAUUUCUCUUUAAAUGAAACCACUGGAUCACACAAAAUAGGUCAUGAGAGUUGAGGAAAAAAUCACCAAGCUUAAAUAACUGGCUUGAUUUUCAUACAAAUUCCCCUAGCUGACAAGAUGUUGAUGGAGAAUAGAGCUAAGUACGUGCUCUUCAAUGUUACCUAGGGCUAUAGUAGGCUGGGCUCUACUACAAAAGGCCAAGGGCCGGGUAGAGUGAAGAUUUUGUCUGGGUAAUGUAGAAAUGUAAACCCUUAUUACUUAUUAGUAAAAACAGCACAAGAAAAACACAAAAAAUUUUCAAAACCUUGCAUUCAUUGUACUUGUAAAAAUGUACCUUUUCUAUCUCUGCACGUACUUAAAAAAUUAACAGUUUCUUAAUGUUGUGGAUUGAGCAAUCACCAGAUGAUGUAAUUCAAGAGAUUGAAAGGUUACAAUAUUUUUACAAAAGGACACCCUAGAAAUAACCCAAAAUUGGUGACAACCUUGUCAGUUGGAGACUGGCUUUUUUCCAGCAAGGAUUAAAGUUUAAUUUUCUUUUUUUGUUUUUCAAAUGCAGGAACAUCUUGAAUUUCGCAUCCAUCUUCGGUUUGAGUUUCUAAUGCUUGGAAUUGAACCAGUAAUUGAGAAGUUGCGUACUUUGGAAAAUGCAACACUGGAUAGGUAUCAAAAUUUAAUGUCCCUUCAAUUUGUGGUGUCACUUGCAUUUUAUGAGAAAGAUUAACAAUAAAAGCAACAUUUUCAUGGCUGUAUACUGCUAUUAUGAAGUGUAAAUUUUAAAUUGGUUAGUUGGUGAGUCUUUUACAUGGGGAUAACUUCUAGAUCUCUUCUUUUGAGAGUUGUUUUGUUUUCUAUCUCUUGAUUAUACGUAUUGUAAAGCACAUUUAUUAUAGGAGGUGGAAGUUUGUUGGUAAUAUUUCUUCACAAUCAUUUACUUCAAACUUAUAUUGCUACUACCGAAUGAUAGUCAUAAACUGCUGCUUGCNUUUUGUUUUUCAAAUGCAGGAACAUCUUGAAUUUCGCAUCCAUCUUCGGUUUGAGUUUCUAAUGCUUGGAAUUGAACCAGUAAUUGAGAAGUUGCGUACUUUGGAAAAUGCAACACUGGAUAGGUAUCAAAAUUUAAUGUCCCUUCAAUUUGUGGUGUCACUUGCAUUUUAUGAGAAAGAUUAACAAUAAAAGCAACAUUUUCAUGGCUGUAUACUGCUAUUAUGAAGUGUAAAUUUUAAAUUGGUUAGUUGGUGAGUCUUUUACAUGGGGAUAACUUCUAGAUCUCUUCUUUUGAGAGUUGUUUUGUUUUCUAUCUCUUGAUUAUACGUAUUGUAAAGCACAUUUAUUAUAGGAGGUGGAAGUUUGUUGGUAAUAUUUCUUCACAAUCAUUUACUUCAAACUUAUAUUGCUACUACCGAAUGAUAGUCAUAAACUGCUGCUUGCCAUCAUAAUCAAGUGUAAGUUUUGAGAACAGGCUUGAUAAUAAUGGCAACAGAGGUUGAAAUGUUGUGCUUUAAGAGUUUCACUGAUCAUUUAUGCAUUAUUCUUGUUAUCAGUGGAUAAUGGCCUUGUUCUUCUUGCAGGCACUUGAACUUUUUUGACAUUGUGAGGCUUGAUGAUGAAAAGGAACUCUCUAAGAGAUAUGGACAGGUAAUUGAAGAGACAAGGGAGUCGCUGCCAUGAUUUAAUAGCUGGCCCCAGUUGUUCGGAAGGUGGAUAACGCUAAUGAGUGGAUAAAUCUCUCUCCAGUGGAUAGCGUAUUGAUUUCCUUAACACUUAUUUUAUACUCAAUAGUGAUUUAUCUGGUGGAUGGCGCUAUCAAAUGUUUGAAUAACCAGGGCUUACAAGUUAAAUUUAAUUUUCCUUUGUUGUUAUGUACAGUAACUUUGGAUGAUGAUAUUUGAACCGCAAGAGUUCUAGGAAACUAAUAGAUCAGGGUUAUAGUAUUUAAAAUAACCUUAACAUUUUCAAGUUAGUAAUACAAUGUAGUUGGGUGGGAGGGGGGGUGGGAGUCCUCACCCACAAAGGCUGCCCUAAGGUUUUAUGGCUCCCCCCCCUUUCAAAACAAAUUUUCUGGAUCUGCUAUUAACAUUUAAUUUCAUUUUGUUCUAUAAUGUAAACCUUCAUGGAUUUGCAAACCUUCGUGGAUCUGGAUUUAGAUUUGUGCAAAUUGCCAAGUGGAAACCACUUGUAAAUAAAUUAUCUGAACCCCAUUUGUUUAAGCGUCGGAUAGUGCUAUCCACCGGAUGAAUCUCUGUCCAAUUCCAUUGGAUAAGACUAGGGAAACCAGUUGCGCCAUCCACUAGAUAGAGAUUUAUCCAGCGGAGAGUGCUAUCCCCUGGAUAAAUCACUAUCAAGCAGAUAAAUAUUAGGGAAACCAGUUGCAACAUCCACUGUAUAGAGAUUUAUCCAGCGGAUAGCAUUAUUCACCUUUUUAACAACUGCAGCCUGCUUGCCCCAGCUUCAUCUUUCAAAUCAUUUUAUUGCUCUUGUACUUUACUAAAUUAAUUUCUUAACAGUCUGAGGUAUCUUUAUUUUGCCUUUUCUUAUUACUAGCCAUAUAUUGAUCUGCGGAGCGCCACUUGUAUGUUUGAAGUUCUCAGAAGAAAACUCUGUACCACGUCAGCUUACCCACACUUCCUGUCCAUUUUGCACCACAUGCUUCUAGUACCAAGUGAGUUGCCUAAUUUUGCAUCGUUAAGAAGAUUUAAACUUGGCAAUUGAAAUAAAAAAGGUUGAUUUAGUACAGCUAAAUUGAAGCAAAAUCAUUAAUCUCUUAGUUACUUUUUCGUUAUUUUUUGUGGUUCCGGUAAUACCCAUUAUUUAGGUGAACUACUGGUUUUUUCUAACAGCAUACUCCCACGAUUUGGCUGAUGUCGGUUUUAUGAGAACAUCACCCAAUGUAAUAACAUAGGAAUUUUGCCGAAAAGGGGGUUUAUUUUGAAGCUAGUCGAGCCAUUUUGUGGUCACUGCCUGGCUAUAAAGACCUAAAACUUACCAAAAAGCUGUUUUCAGGUCGUGCACUUCGCGGCCUUCUGUUCGAGAUGGAGCUUAUCAGGUUCCAAAGUUCGGGCAUGCGCAGAAAGCAUAAUUGUGAAAUGUUAUGUAAAAUAAUCCCUCUCUUUUUCCGCUUUUCUAGUCCCGUUUUUUUCCUUUUGGUAGUUUUUUAGUAGACUUUAUUUCGAUGGGAAAAGUUUUUGGUAAAACUUUUAGGAUCGUGGGAUUAGGUAGGAGGUAGUUGCAGUAGUUGGGUACUAGUGGAACAAGCCGGAUUUUCAUCGCAAUUUUCGGGUCAACGUUACAGGUUACAGCCUUUUUCUCCGGCCUCAUUGACUGAAUCGUGCUCAUUCUGGCGUGGUUUGAAAGAUCUCUUCACCCUGCAGAAGAAAACCGAUGACGUCACAAGCGGUGCAAGGGACUAGGUUCCACUCGGGCGGUUAAGCAACAACCGGAAAUGGACAUUCUUGGGCGUUGGUUUUGCCCACAUUCUCGGCCAAAGCGUCUUAAAGCACAAUUAGCGUUACAAAUUCGGUAGUGGCUUAAGAUAUUUAAAGGCAACAGGCCUAACUUCCAGUUGACGUGCGUUGGUCAAAAACGCCUUUGCUUAAAGUUCGCUAAUUAAGGCUCUCCCGUGUCAAAAUUCGUGUCAAGAUUUAUACCUGUGCAUGGCUACCACAGCAGAUGUUAAUUGGUAUUUUGUUGUUUUUCAGAUGAUCACGGAGUGGCUCGGCGACUGUGGCAGUUGAUUGACAGA